AUGUGUCUAUGUUUAAAAAAAGAAUGCAGAAAAUUUAAUCAGCAGGAGAAUAAAGAAUAUGGAAUAGGAAAUAUAUUCAGUGCUGUAGUUAACACUACUACUACUACUACUACUACUACUACUACUACUACUACUACUACUACUACUACUACUACUACUACUACUACUACUACUACUACUACUACUACUACUACUACUACUACUACUACUACUACUACUACUACUAAGAAUCUUUAUACUAUUAUCGAUAUUAAUAUGAAUAUCAAUAUUAUUAAUGCUCCUAAUAUUAUUACUAAGUGUUACUGA